AUGGGUAAUUUAUAGCGAUUUCGAUUUAUUUUAUAUUCUUCGUGGGUUUUAUGGAAGCGAAUCCAAAAAAACUGCUACUCGAGCCUCGGAUUCUAGAAUUUCAAUGCGCUUUUGAAACUUUUUUGACCGAUUUCUUUUCUAUACUUUUUCGUUCUGUAUUCCUAUGAAUAAAUAAAGUUCAUGAUAAAAUAUAAGAUUCUCUGUUUAGAGAGCAUUUUUUGCUCAUUUUGGUCCUUUCUCAGAAAGUACAUACUGUCCAUUUACAGAUAAAACAAUUGUUUUUUUUCUGAUCCCCAGAAGAUUAAAUUCAAAUAAAUUUUUUUCUUACUUCUGAAAAAAAACAUUUUCUUCAAGCUUCAUCUUAAGCUCGUCUGAAAAGCUGGAUCUUCUACAUCUUCGGAAUCCUGUGGACGCUGUCAUCAUUUUCCGCGGCAGGUAAUUUUUUUUUGCCUCAGAUUCAAAGCAGCUGAAUGAUGCUUGCGAAAAAAUCUCAUCAAUUGUUUAUUUCUACUUCUAAACAGCAGGACCUUCUAAUGCAUAUUUUUAGACGAAUGCUGCAAAAGAUCAAUGUGGGCCUAUUCAUCAGGAGACGCCAUGCCGCCUGAAUGCAUAACAUUAUUUUGUACCGACAGUGUGAUUCACAUUGAAGGCUCAGAUGACACGAAACAAACAGUUGUGAAGUUUCUCAAUACAGCUAAAAAAACGGGCCCCAUCGCGAUUCUCGACAACACCGUGGUAGUCAGCGCUGCAGUUGUAAAAGAAAUCGUUGUCAAUGGUCCAGGUACGACAUUUUCAAAACCAUAAAAAGGAUCUAGUAGCUAUUUUCGCGUAACUCCCAUCAUUUUUGAUUCUCGAAUUCCUUGAAUUCAUGAUCCCUAGGAUCUAAAAUUUAAAGGCAUAGGGGCAGUAAAAAAUGGGGUUUCAGGUGAAAGAAGUAUCUUGUAUUGUUUUUCUUUGCGAAUCCAACGGUGUACUCAAAAAAUUACAGAUGUGACAACUCUAGAAGAAAAACGCGAUUUCACUUUCCCGCUUUUUUUUUUGAAAAAAGCUUUGGAUCGGUGCUCAGACAACUGAUUACAGUAGCUGUGCACGCGAUGUUGCGGACGUCUCAUUAGACUCGCAUUUUGUGAGAAAUAACCGGCUAUCUGCUUCAAAUUAAGGGUUUCGUUUAUGAAGAAUCGAUUAAGAAAACAGGAAAACACAAUGAUAAUAAAGAAAACACAAAACAACGCUAUCCCAAUUGAAGCCUGCGUAAAAUCAUCAUUUUUCAACAAAGAAGCAUUUUUGCAAUCAAAGUUUGCAAAUUAUACAUGAAUAGAAAGCUUUUGUGACAGAAAGAACUUUGAUGACAACAGAAAAAAUGGAAAAUUGAAAGAAACGAAGAAAAAAGCGAAAAUCCGAAAAAAGGCGAAGCCUGUUGUCCAUAGAGCAACUUUACUGCAAAGCGCCCUUUUCGCGGGAACUCAAGCUUUCCUUUCUCCGAUUUUGAAUUAUUUUUUCUUCAAUAUUAGGAAGUUCGGUACGUUCCCAAGUUUACCGUUCGAUUUGCAAUGAAAAGCUCUACAAAGUACUACUUUGAACUGAAACACCGUUUUUUACUGCCCCUAUGCCUUUAAUUAAAUAAAUCAUAAAGUUACACAUGACUUGGAGGAACUGAUACGUAAAACUCGUAUAUUGGUAAAAAAAAAAAACAGCCAAUAAAUUUUUAAAACGCCCUGGAUGGCUGUACUGAAAUUUAAAAGUGUGAUUGUUUCAAGUAUGAGUUGUUUUGAAGAAAAAUCAUUGAAACUGACCUUGAGAAAGCAGUCUAACUAGGUUACUACUCGGACUCGGGUACGAGUUUCGAGUUGAAACUUUGGUGGCUUAUAGACCCGGGCAAGAGUACUUGAAAACAAGAGAGAUAAUCUGCUAAACUCCAUAGGCUUCUCAGAAAAAGCUUUUUGAAACUGAACAGUUUAGGACUGAAAAUUAUCAAAUUUUUGCUUUCCUCCUUCUUUUGGUAGGGACCGCAGACGAAUUUUCAAAAAAUUUUUUUCAGCAUCGAGCUUUGUAUGGUUUGAUAGCUGUUUCGAUUCAAAACUCAGAACCGUUUAGUUUUUCGAAAAAGAUUGAGGAUGAAAAAAGUUAUGACGAAAAAUGUGGCGCGCCGCGCACCAUUUUUAGUACUGAAAUUUUUAGUAUUAUUCAUUUUUGACAUUUUUUUCUCGAUUUUUUUCUUCUAGAAAAAAAGUUUUGAUACUGGUCUAUUAUGAUGUAACAAAUCAUAAUAGAGUGCUAAAAAUGAUGCUAAUCAGCUAUUUUGCCGAAAAAAAGUCGGUAUUUUGCAGAAAACAAAAAACUGAUGCUUGCGGGUAUCGAACUCGCGACCUAAAAAUGAAAAAUCGCAGCGCACGCACUGCGCCAAGCUGUCAGGUCUAGCGCGGGGAGCUUCCAUCCGCCUUACCCUUGAGCCGUUUAAAUAGCACAGAUUGUCUAUUUCAAAAAGAAAAAAACUUGAAGUAAUUUAGCUAUUUUUUUAUCAGAAUAUGUUCGCAAAUCUUUACUCAAACGUUUCGUGGAAAUUCACUUCGAAAAAAACUGUUUUUUUCAGUGCUUUUUUUGCCUCUUUUUAACGAUCGCUGCCUUAAAAACGGCCCCGUAAAUUUUUGGCAAAGACGAAUUUUUUUAUUUUAUUCUUUUUAAUUGAAAGAUUUUUUUACUAAUAAAUGUAUAUAAUCGUUUGAAAAAAACCUGCGUUCGACCGCUUUCGGUGUGAUAAACGCCGCUAAUUUUAUUCUCUAGUUUCAAGAGCAUUUUUUUGCGUAUCACACAACUUUUUCAAGUACAUAUGCUGUGGAGAAAAAAAUUUAAGUAAGCCCAUGGUCUAAAUUUUUGAAAAAAACAAAAAAACUCGAUUAUAUUCGCUUGUUAACGAUAUUUUUGAAUUAUGACUUUCGGCACUCCCUAAAAAUUUUUUUGGCAAAGACGAAUUUUUUUAUUUUAUUGUUUCAAAAUUACCGUUACUUGAAUCAAAAAUCAUUAUAUAAAAAAAGAAAGAGUGCGUUCGACCUGAAAAACACAUGAAAAAAAGCAAAAAAAUUACAAAAUUUUUUUAGUUCCAUUCACGUUUUUUUGUACGACAUUCCGCGAGAACGCAUCAAGAAAGCGUGAAAUAUUUUUUUAAACGAAAGAGGAAGCUUUUUCUGUACAUGUAUGUCAAAUUUUAUUCGCCAGUUCCACAUAUUUUACAACUACAACAAAAUGAAAGUUGAAAACCAAAAAAAAGCCACUUUUUCUAUCGCGAAAAGGGGCGUGGCUUUGCGGUCCCUAUCUUUUGGCUGGAAAAAAGUUUUUUAGAAAUAAUCAUAGCUGGAUCAUUCAAGGCGAUUGUUUUAAAAUAUAUUAAGUUAAAAAGCAGUAUUCUGAAAAUUUUCAGGUCUAAUUUUCACAUUUUCUUCUUUAUUUUUUUCUCAGUUCUCUAUAGGGUUUAGCAGAUAUUCUCUCUUGUUCUCAAGUUUUCUGACUUGGGUCUAUAAAUCACUAAAGUUUAAACUUGAAACCCGUACCAGAGUCCGAGUAGUUCCCUAGCGAGUCAAAUGGUACCUUUCUUGACUCGAAAAAAAAAAUUUGAAACGAAAUUAAUAUUGGAAAUUUGCCGAGAAGCUAUCCAGUCAAGCUAUGGGGAUCCAUCUCGUUUCGCUGCAUUUAGGCUCGAGCCUUUGAACCAGAAGAACUGUUUCGCUGCGCGCGUCAGCAUUGAAUCCGGCAAAACAGAAAAGAAUAGAAUGAAAUAAGAGAUGAUGUUGCCACUGAGCGAGAUUCAGCCGACACUUCGCAACACUGUGUUCAUUUCUUCAGGCCCAGCGAUCUAUCUCCGAAAUUCCAGCCUCCACGAGCCGACAGCUUUUAUAAAAUUAGACAAAAUAUCUGUCGACAAUCAUCUUCGUUAUUGCGAGAAAUAUGAUCUUCUGCGCCUCGAAGGUCCGAUAGGGAAAGAUCUAAGAGAACGACUGGAAACUGUUGCAAACCGAGUGAGUGCUAUUUUUCCUCAUGCUCCUGCAAUCUUCAGGCGCUGUGAGGAAAACUCAAAAAAAAAACCGCCCUAAUUUCGAUUUUUUUUUAAAUAAUUAACCACAGAAACGUGGUAGUUGUAGAUCUUUGAGUUUCUUGUACAUUAUUUAUUCUAUCGUUCUUAGCAACUUCACUCGGGAAAAAGUUUGCUACUCGAGUCUCACUAACAGUAGCAAAGACCUCAGCAAAAACAAAAUGGGCACACGUAAAAGGGCUUGAAGCAGCGCGGUUACGUCGCGGUUGAUUUGAGCCGUCAGUUCGUUAUUUAUCAGCUAUUAGGUUGUUUACUAAGUUUCUUUCUUUUUUGAAGGACUUUUUUUAAAAAAGUUUUCAACCAGAAAAGCACUUCUCACAAUUUUGCUUCAUAUAGUAUUUACUACUACAUAAUCUGAAGUUCAGAUUAAAAUUAACUGUACUACUAUAACACUAUGCAGAAAAAAGAUACAGAACUUUGUCCGAACUCGAAAAAUCUCGAUUUUUGGAAAGUUUUACGAAUUUAUUUUUUAUCUUACUUUUUCAAUCUUAUCAUUCGAACGAGUUACAUAAAACGUAAACUGAGGUCGUCUGCUUGCUCGUGAAAGUCUUCCAAAAAAUUUGAGAAAUGAGUUAAUUAUUCAAAAGCCAGACCAUACAAAUUUAUGAGUGGCCAACAUUGUUGAAACAAUGCGCGUCCUGUUUUCGUUUGAUUUUCCCCGAAGUAUAUUUGUAAUUAUCUAUCAGGUUUGUGGUUUUGAAAAAAACUAAAGGCAUAACAUUAGCAACUGGCAGCUACCGUGAAACUCGAGGAUUUAAUUUUACAGCCUUUUUUCAUCAAAAAAUUUUUAUAGCACCAGGGCAGUGGUUUCUAUGCACUCUCAAAUUUUCUGUUCUUUUGCUAUCUCUCAAGUUAAUAUAAAAAACAAGUACAACAAAGUUCACUGCAGCCAUGUGUCAAAGCAGAAGUGGUUCAACUGAGUUUUUCCGGCCUAAAAUUUUGAGAAACGGUAAUCAACUGAAAUGACAUCUUGAUGAACUUCUGGAGGCUCUCUGACGGCGUCAAACGUUUAGACCUUCUGAAGAAAACGUGACUGAUACAGACCAUGUCUGUACUAAAUAAUCACAAAAAAUCAAAAUCAUCCUCAAAGCCUUUCAUGAGAAAAGCGUCUAAAUGUUCAGCGACCAUGUCAUUGUCAUUGAUCACUGACCGAAACUUUUUAAAGAAAAAAAGAUUUUUUUAGGCUGGUUUUUUUGUUUAAAAAAAGUCAGCUUGCCUACUCUAUCUGUACUUCCAUCCUCCCUCGUUGUCAUCAACUACAAAACUUUUGAAUCAUAAAUUUUUUUAGAAAAAAACAAAAAAAUUUUCUAAGAGGGGUUGAAAUCGAGUUAGUUGCCCUUUUUUUGAGUAUAUCAUUGCUCGUUUCAAAGUCAGGAAAUCCAAAAAUUAACAGUCAUGUCAACAGAUAGCUGAGGAUGACGGGGGAAAAAAAUUGUUUGCUGUUUGAAUCCAAAAUUGAAAAGUUAUACACCAAGUAACUUUCAACCGAAAAAAGAAAAAAAACUUAGUAAACGACCUAAUACUUUCUCCAGUCGUCGAACGCAGCCGUGACGCGUCUCCCGAAGAUUUUUUUGAAAAGAUCGUAAAAUACCAACUUAGACGUUCUGUUCAGACCCUUGCCGACUGCAAAAAGGUGACAACGGCAGCACCAACAGCUGCGCCAACUAUUCCCACGGCGACGUCGAACGGCACCCCCGUCGUUCCACCGCAAUGUGUCCGGAGCGUCUCAGCCGCUCUCGCUGUCGCUUCUGCGAAAGCUCAGGCCAAAGCCGAAGAGAAACACUGUCAAUGCUCGUGUAAUAUCUCAAUUUCAAUGUUUUCAGUAUUUUUAAUGGAAUUAUUUGCAGCCGAAAUGAUGAUCGGAGGAAUAAUUGCGAUAGCGAUCCUCCUGAUCUUGUUAUGCGUUGCGACGUCCUGUGCCGUCAAGCUUUUUUUUUUCAGGAAGAAUGAAGACCUCGCUCUCGCGGAACAACGUAUCGAUUACGAUUAAAAAAAAACAUAACCAAAAGUUAUAGUGCUGUUGAGUGAGAUAUAUAUGACUAUUUGGAAAUUUCAAACAAGCUUUCAAGCAAAAUAAAUGAGAAUUUAUUUUUUUUUUGUUAGUAAAAAAGACAUCAUUUUCGAGCUGGUUCGAUUCUGAGGAAAACUUCAUGAAGAACUCGUUUUCCAGAUAACUAAUUCGUGAUCUCAUUUCAGUGUCCUACGCCGCCCAACUUCUCAACUCUACUAUUUUUAUGGAGUCUGGAAGAGAUAAAGCGAUGCGUUCGUUUCGAAAUUACCGUCGCCUUUUCGAUCAAAGUUUUUGCAGUUAACGGUUACAUGGCGGAUGGGUUAAUUUUGAAACGCACAGACCUGUGUAAGUAUUGUUGAGCGUCAAAAAAACGAUACACCAAGAAAAAAGGACAAUUUUAGUUUGGCGUUGAGCAAUUUUUGUGAUCCGGCAAAAGCGUGUUUUAAUGCACCGGAAUAAGAUAUUGAAAUUUUUAACAGAAAAAAACAACUUGCUACUUUUUUUUUAAGAAAACAGAAAUGCCCAUAAAAUUGCUAAAAAAAAGGGGUCAGUUCUAGACGUUGAGCCCUUAUUUUUCGAGAUCAAGGAAGCUUUGCAAAUCGAGUUUGCAGGAUCUCAAUCUCGUAGGAAAAAAAAAUAUUCAUUGAGCUUUUACGAAUUUAUUUAAACUUUCACAACUGCAAAGCUUGACUGUCGUCUUUGUUAGAUAGACUGAGCUGCAAACGCCCACGUCGGCGUUCUAAAAAAAAUAUUAUUUGUACCAUUUCGUCACCCUUUUUCUUUUCUUUUUCAGUGCGUCUUGUGAAAAACUCCCACGAUAUGGCAGCGAUCCGCAAAAAGAAAUUUGAGGCAAAUCAACCUCUAGACCCCAAAACGGAUCUCGGCGACAAAAAAGGAAAAUUUUGGAUACAACCACUGAUAUUUGAGCUUCAAGCUAAGCAUGAUCUGACGGAAGAUUUCGUCGAGGCAGCUCAAAAAUUUGAAACGGUCAGAAAGGCGCACGUAGCUGGUAGAGAGUUCGACCCACCGAAAGGUACUCGGAUCUGGUCGGACCUUCGACUGAAGGAUCUGGACAAAAUGAUGAUUACGAAGCUACAUGAACAGCAGAUUGUCGAUGUCAAAGCACAAACAGAGCAGGAUAAAAAGCCUGCGAAGGUUUUGAAGAGACGACAGAGAGGUGGAGUUGAUCCGCCUACAAACAGCGUUGCCAAAACCGACCAGCCCAAGAAAGAAGAGCCAAAGAGGAUGGAUGCAAAGAAGGAAGAUGAGAAGAAGAGUGGGGCAAAAAAAGAUGAGACAAAGAAAAACGAUGCGACGAAUGGUGAUGCGAAGAAAGGCGAGACGAAGAAGAACGAGAUCGGAAAAAAAGACGAACAGCCGGUGAUAUUCGUGGCACCAGAGGAUAUCGUCAAAAGAGUCCUCAAAGAAGAUCAGCCUAAAGAAACCUUCACGAUGCCCCUCGGCUCGCUGGCGCUUGAGAAUUGUCACCCGUUGUCUUUGACGACCCCUGUUCCGAUCGUUUACGAGUUGUUCAAGGGCAAGUCAAAAGCUUUACGUGAGUUUUUCAUUUUGUUGAGCAUUACCAAAUUAAGAAAGAGCACUUUUCGAAAUGAAAGUUCAAAAUUCCUGAUGGCUAUUAAAAAAUAACAAGGCCCACACAAAAAAAGCCCUCUCCACCUCAAAGCGAGACUCUCAAAUAAGACUAUGGCCUGAUUUUCUUUCUCCUGAAUCAGGAGUCCUGAUUAGAAGUUUGCGUAAAAAAAAAAUGUCAAAACAGCUAAAAAUUGAAAGAAAAGAAUAUUGCAGAGGAAACAUUCGCUGUCAUGGUCUUGAUACUCGAUGAGUUACAAGACUACUACCAAAUCCACGGGAAAGGUGUUUAGAAACAAGAAAUGCGCUCACUUCUUUCGAUUUCAGCCCUGGAGCUUAUUAAUCUAAAUGCCAGCGACGUCGAGGUCAAAGUAAUCGAAAAUGUGAGGGAAAACGCUUCUCGUGAGGCAUAUCAUUCCAACUUCCCGUACAAAUUGGCAAAGAAGUCUAAAAAACACGCAUUUGAAUACGUCCCCUUCCAACCUAUAGGUAAGAUUUCGCGAAAAGAAAGAAACGAUUUUAUUUUGUUCAUUUUUUUAAGCUGAAAGGCGAGAGACAAAUGUUUAUAGUCUUUUAUUUCAAACAUAUUAUAAAAAGGAAUGAGCUCGAAAAAUCAUCCUUUAUUGUUAUUUAGCGGAGCAUGACUUUCUGGAGUCGUUAAUGAACUUUUUCUUUCAAAAAAAAACUGCAUGUUUUCACUGAUUUCGCAUCUUUCUAAGUCGAAGCUUUGGGAAGAAAAAAAAAAUUCUUAAUGGUCCAGAUGAAGGUUUUGAGAGUCGGAACCAGCACAAGUUAUAAUUUUCAAGAAAGGACACCUCAAAGUCAAACCUCCCCCCCUAAUAUUUCGUAGGCUAUUUUCGAUUUUUGAGCCCUUGAUUCUCGAAAAAGAAGAAUUUUUGCAAGUUGAGGCUUUUAGAAAUUUUUCCUCGUAUAGCCUGUGUAACACGACUUGGAAUUUCACGGAAUAACUAUCCGCUGUUCCGCUGCGCGCCUUUGCUAAUCUUGGCCGCGCUUUUAAUUUUUUUUUUUCUUUUUGUCAAGGUACUCUACUUUCAUCAGCAAUAAAAAUCAAUUGAAAACGUGACCUAGGUUCGAAAGACGCUUCGCGAACGCACGCAAGGGAGCAGCGGAAUGUCGAUCGGUGAAAUUACAAGUCUUGGCACACAGACUAUAUAUUAAGGAGUGUUCUGGCCAAAUUUCAGCAAAGUAAAACGACUUUUCUUUUAAGUUUCAUAAAGAGGCACAAGAGCGUUUCAAAUCGUGGAAAACUAGCCUUUUCCCGUUCAGCAAGGUACUUUUCAGUGGGCUACGACGAGCUAAAAAGGUUGCGCUUGUCUUCCAAUGCAAAGGAAAAAAGACUCCUCGAGCUGUUGGAAUCUGAACACGCCACAAUGGCCAAUCUCCUGCACGCAGAGGGAUUGAACUAUUUCUAUUAUUUCAACUGUUUGUGUCUUUCCUCUCUUUUCUUGAAAAGGAAAUAACUGGGGUACAAAGUAAGGAGUUCUCAGAAACAGUCAAAACAGUCAAUUGCAACGAACACCUCGAAAUCGAUAACGUUACACCAUCGAUGUGUGGCUGUUUUGAGAGGUGGAGAGAAUAUGAUGAAGAAAAUUACGGACAGUCAAGUUAUUCGAGAAAGUUUAUUAUAACUUUUCAGCCACUGUAAAACCUAAGCAAGCGGUUCUUCCCGGAGAGCGAAUCGGCGACGCUGCUAAGAGAAUUUUUAGUAAGUACCACAUUGAGAUAGAUGAAAAAUAAUUCGUACCAAAUUGAAAUUUUUAGUUAGAAGAAACUUGGUUUUUUCUUAGCUUUUAGGUCUCUUACACAAAUUCAAACGAAAACUUGACCGGUAUCCAUUUUUAUUCGGUGGAAAUUUUUUUUUCAGAAACUGAAGAACGGAUGGAUGAGCUUACCCGCCAAUUGCUCGAGGUUUAUUACACAAACCAUCCGGAAGAAAAGCCCGAGAAAAGGAGCUUGCAACAAAGAAUGGAAAAACCGCCCGCUAGGAAGCCGUUGGAAGACAAAAACUCCAAGGACAAAAAAACAAAGAACUGA